CAUAUACACUGAUGUACUUAAUAUUUGCUUGUCUGUUAAAACUGGCUGCCAACUAUCAAGUUGGACUCAUGGAUUUGUCUAUUCAGGGUCCAAAAAAGACUGAAACCCACAAACUAACAGGAAGACAGACAAACAACCAUAAUUAAUCCGGACAAAACUAGUAGCACAAACUCACAAUUCUCCCAUUCAGUAAAAGAGGGGAGGGGAAGGAGUAAACAUUGCAGUUGUGUAACUUGCCUCUUGCCAAUCAGAGCAGCUCUUACUCAGACCCCUCCCCUGCUUCAGUGAGAUUUAUAGUGGCCUUCUCCUCCACUCUAAUGUUGCUUCAACUUCUCAAAGUCUGAGCAGUCAGGGGGUCCACACAGCUGCAGGAUUAUGGCACCAGGAAAGAAGGGAGUCUUGGAGCGUCUUGACGCUGGGGAGAUCGUGAUUGGUGAUGGAGGCUUCGUGUUUGCCCUCGAGAAGAGAGGCUACGUGAAGGCUGGUCCCUGGACCCCUGAAGCCGCCGCAGAGUACCCUGAAGCAGUGCGACAGCUGCACAGGGAGUUCCUGAGGGCCGGGGCCAACGUUAUGCAGACCUUCACCUUCUACGCCAGUGAUGACAAACUGGAAAACAGAGGCAACAAGCUCAGCUUCACUGGGGCUCAGAUCAACGAGGCCGCCUGCAAUUUGGCCCAGGAGGUAGCCAGUGAGGGCGAUGCCCUGGUUGCUGGGGGAGUGUGUCAGACUCCUUCCUACCUGAGCUGCAAGAGUGAGACAGAGGUGAAGGCCAUCUUCAAGAAACAGCUGGAUGUGUUCAUUAAGAAAAAUGUGGACUUCCUGAUUGCUGAGUACUUUGAGCACGUUGAGGAGGCAGUGUGGGCUGUGGAGGUGCUGAAGGAGACGGGGAAGCCUGUGGCUGCUUGUAUGUGUAUCGGACCAGAGGGAGACAUGCACGGUGUCUCACCUGGAGAGUGUGCUGUCAGGCUGGUGAAAGCCGGUGCCCAGAUCAUUGGAGUCAACUGUCACUUUGACCCAAUGACCUGCGUGAAAGCUGUCAAGAUGAUGAAGGAGGGAGUGGAGAAGGCUGGGCUGAAGGCUCACUACAUGGUGCAGCCCCUGGCAUACCACACCCCCGACUGCAGCUGUCAGGGAUUCAUCGAUCUGCCAGAAUUCCCCUUCGGUCUGGAGCCCAGGAUCCUGAGCCGCUGGGACAUGCACCAGUACGCCAGAGAGGCCUACAAUUGUGGCAUUCGCUACAUUGGCGGCUGCUGUGGCUUUGAGCCUUAUCACAUCAGGGCUGUGGCAGAGGAGCUAGCCCCUGAGAGAGGCUACCUCCCAGCCGCAUCAGAGAAACACGGCAACUGGGGUGCUGGUCUGGAGAUGCACACCAAGCCCUGGGUCAGAGCCAGAGCCCGCCGUGACUACUGGGAGAACUUGAAGCCAGCCUCUGGUCGUCCCCUGUGUCCCUCCAUGUCUUCCCCCGAUGGCUGGGGUGUAACCAAGGGCCACUCUGAGCUCAUGCAGCAGAAAGAGGCCACCUCUCAGGACCAACUCAAGCAGCUGUUCGACAGGUCAAAGAGCCACUGAGUCCGGUCCGUCUCCCUCAGCACUGGCAACAGAGCUGAGUCAAACAGCCGUGCCGUGCAGCUAUAAGCGCUGCACAGUGGUGUGCACUAUCUNUAUACACAGUGCUGCACCUAACAAACAUGUCAGCGGUCGAAUGUUCACUUGAGACUGGCACUGUUCUGUGCAUAUGUUGAUUGUAAGACUGUAGUUUGCGUGAAGCCACAGUGGAGUCUCAAGUUAGGAGUCGGCCCAUGUUAAGAUCAGGGACCUUUUUGCUUUCCAUGGACCAGUUUGUUUAAUAAAAUAAGACCUAAUAAAAUGUGAA